AUGGAACAAUCGUCCAACGAUUCGGAGGACAUUAUUCUCACUAAUGAUGAAGGAACAGUGGAUGAUUCAUUAAAGAGCUUAGAGGAUGAUCAAAAAAAUGAGGAGGAAGAAAUUAUUCUCACUAAUGACCAAGGAACAGUGGAUGAUUCAUCAAAGAGCUUAGAGAAUGAUCAAGAAAAUGAGGUGGAAGAAAUAAUGCAAGUGCCCAGUGUUGAGAUGAGUUUUGAUUCUAUUGAUGAGGCAUAUGACUAUUAUAGAAAAUAUGGGAAGCAAUUAGGAUUCCCAGUGAGAAAGAGAACAUCAAGAAAGGGUGAUGAUGGGAUCACAAAAUAUAUAACUAUUUCAUGUGGUCGAGCAGGAAAAUUUAAAAGUAAGUCAAGUAACUCUCUAAAGCCGCAUCCAAGUGUGAAGACUGAUUGCAAGACACUUAUUAGACUUGGUAAAUCCCUUGAUGGAAAGUGGAAAAUCAAUUCUACAAAGCUUGAGCAUAACCAUGGUUUGAGUCUAAGAAAAUCUCGUUAUUUCCCAGUCAAUCGUGAAUUAAGUUCAUCAAUAAAAAGGAGGCUUGAACUAAAUGAUGUUGCUAGAAUAGGGUUAAACAAGAGUUUUAACUCAAUUGUUGUUGAAGCUCAGGGAUAUGAGAAUGUACCAUUUUUAGAAAAGGAUGCUCGAAAUCACAUUGAAAAAUUUAGGCGAUUGCAGCUCAAGAAAGGUGAUGCUAUUGCAAUCCAGACUUACUUUUUGGAUUUGCAAGCUAAGAAUGCUAGUUUCUUCUAUGCCAUUGAUAUAAAUGAAAAGAGUCGAUUGAGAAAUUUGUUUUGGGCAUAUGCAAGGAGUAGGGCGGCAUACCAAGAAUUUGGCAAUGUUGUUACAUUUGACACUACUUACCUGACGAAUAAGUAUGAAAUACCCUUUGCUCCAUUUGUAGGGGUCAAGCUAAGAAUGCUAGUUUCUUCUAUGCCAUUGAUAUAA